AUGUGGCAACACAAGGACAGGGAGACAAUAAUUAGAAAUACCAUUGAAGAGUUGGCUCCACCGUGGGUUGAAGAAGCAAUCAACAAUGAAAACAGAAGUGAAAAUCAAGCGAUGAAUGAAAUGAACGAUAUAUUUUCUAUGGACGAAUUUUAUAGAGCAAUACAUAUGAUUAAGAAAGAUUCAGCCCCAGGGAUGGAUAAUGUGGACUAUUUAAUGUUGAAGAAUCUACCCUUGAUGGGAAAACAACUGUUGCUGGACAUUUAUAACAUCAUAUGGACCGAAAGGUACAUUCCGCCAGAUUGGAGAAAAUACCAGGUUAUUUUCAUUGAUAAAAUUGGCAAGGAGAAAGUAAGACCAAUAGCGUUGUCUUCAAGUAUCUGCAAACUUAUGGAGAGAUUAGUCAACGAAAGACUGAUAUGGUGGUUGGAAAAAAAUAGCAAAUUAGAUCCUAUGCAAAACGGUUUUUGGAGAGGCAGAUCAUGUAUGGAAAAUCUUGCGAAGAUGAUGGCGGACAUUAAAUGUGCCAGUUUAUCGGAUGAUUACACCCUUGUGGCUUUCCUGGAUGUUACAUCCGCCUAUGAUAAUGUUGAUUUUAGUAUCAUGAUUAAGAAAUUGAAAGAAGAGAGUUGUCCUUCAGGUAUUUUUAAUUUUAUUAACGACUGGUUAAAACCUAGAGAUACUAAGUUUGUCAUAGAUAAUCGCACUGUUGAAUAUAGAAGAGUCUAUAAGGGACUGCCGCAAGGAGCUGUAUUGAGCCCCAUAUUAUAUGCACUUUAUACUAAUCAAAUAACAAAAAAUAUGGACGAACGGGUUCAGAUUGUACAAUUUGCGGAUGACAUUGCAAUCUAUGUGCAGGGCGGUGACAGGUUUGAAAAUAAGAUAAAUCUAGAAGUGGCGGUACAUAGAGUAGCCAAAAAUUUAGCGGUAUUAAAUUUGAACUUAGCACCCCAAAAAACUAAGCUGGUGGAGUUCUCCAGAUCGGGUUAUUGCGAUAACAACUUAUAUAUUAAUGUUAAGAAAUGCAGAGUUUAUAACGAUCGAGGUGCCAGAUUCCUUGGAAUAUGGCUGGACAAUAAAUUGAGAUUCGAGAAACACGUAUCAGAUAUUAGAGGUAGAGUCAAUAAGGCUAACAAUAUAAUGAAAUACAUUAGUGGCAUAUCUAAAGGGGUAGAGGUAAAUACUGCUCUGAUGUUGUAUAAAAGCAUGGUUAGGUCGGUAUUGGAUUAUGGCUUAUAUAUUUACAGUCCUAAUAUAAAAUCAUUACAACUCAAUUUAGAGAGAACCCAAUUCCUAGGAAUUCGUACAGCCCUCGGGUACAGAAACAGUACUCCUAAUAAUGUAAUAAUUGCAGAAUCGAAGGUGGUACUAUUAAGAGAAAGGGCGUUAACUCUAGCAAAGAACUUUUGUAGUAAAAUUUAUAAAUAUGGUGAGAGCUCAAUUAGAAUUAGUCUGGACAAUUUAAAAAAUAAGGAAAUGUGGGCGAAAUAUAGAAACCCGUUGUAUAAUAAAAGUGUAUUAUGUGAAGCAUGGGAGUGCGUGAGACGAUAUAGCGAUAGACUUGGAUGUAGUAAAGAAUCUUUCGAAAUCUGGAACAUGGAUUACAGCAUGAUUACUAAUAGGAUAGACAUAGAUUGUGAAAUUGGUAGUAGAGUAAGAGGACCUAACCGUAAGAAAAAAAACUGUGAUAUCAAUCGAAUUGAAGGAUACGUGCAGGAAGACUUUAAUUUAAUUAACGAAGUUAAGUAUAAAUAUAAGUUAAACGAUAGAUCUCUUAUCAUGUACACGGACGGUUCGAAGUCAGAGCAGGCAAUUUCUACAGGUGCUAGUGUAAUCAUAGAAGAGCAGUUAGAUGGACAUUAUUUUAGUAUACCCAAGGAAUGCUCCAUAUUCACAGCAGAAGCGGCUGCAAUCAAGACUGCAUUGGCAAUUGCACUAGAUAGGGUCGAGUCUUUUGACAAUUUAGUGAUUUUCUCGGACAGUUUAUCCGUAUUACAGGCGCUAAAUAAUAAUAUUAUUAGCGUAUAUCGCAACAAAUACAUCCUAGAAAUUAUAAGAUUACACACGAGAUUUAAAGACUUGUAUGAGAAGAAAAUUAUAUAUGUGUGGAUACCGGCUCAUGUGGGUUUCACGGGUAAUGAAUUGGCGGAUCAUUUGGCAAAAAGUGGCACUGAGGAACCUGCCGACAAUAGUAUAGAGGUGCCUUUUAGAGAUCUUACUACAAUAUUCAAGGAGGAUGCAUGGAGGAUUACACAGAAUAAAAUUGUCAACGAAUCUAGGCAUAAGGGAACUUUUUAUUUCAAGAACUUUUAUGAUGGUAAUAGUAAACAACCAUGGUUUAGAGAUUUUAAUAUGGAGAGAUACUUCAUAACACUGAUCAACAGAUUGAGAUCGAAUCAUUACAAUUUGAAUGAGUCACUGGCUAGGAAAAACUAUAUAGAGAGUGAGAGAUGUGAGUGUGGAAAACCCGUCAUAGGUUCCCUAUUAAUGGCGGACGGUGUCCAUACUCUUACUAGAGAGGAUGAGGUUAGGCGAGAUAUUGUGGAGAGCAAGACUUGGGGAGGUGGAGAGUGUGUACGACAUCCUAAGGAGGAAAGACUGGAAGAAGUUUAG